AUGGAACGGGGCAUUCGUAUGGAAAUGCAUUCGCAUACUGAGGUUACUUUACCUACCUACCAUAAGAACGCUCCCAGGGCCUGGCACAGGAUGGAUCCCCAGACGGAACGGAAAACACGCAAGCAAGGCAAGAAAUCGUGUCCUGCAUUACCUGACAUGGCGGCAUCGUGCUGGGAUAUCAAUUACCUACCUCAGGAGACUACCAAUAUCAAUUACUUCCUUCCAUACCUCAUGUGCGAACAAUCGUCAUAUCCCAACUCUAAAUUCCCUUCUUCAUUUUACUCUUCCCAAGUCGCCAGGUCUUGUCCCCAAUCAUUCCAAACAUCAACCAUCCCUUACACAGUAUUCGUACGGAUACCAGUGAACGAUACAUUUCUCUCUUCUUCGACAUCCCCGUCAUAUUCAGCGCCCCUGACCACCACCCGCCACUACGAGCCUAGGUACGACAGCGCCGUCGCUGGACUCACUGGAACGUCCUUCUUCUUUCCUGGAAUCUUUGGGAACAUACCUAGGGACGUAAUGAAAGAAGAGACUGCCGUUCAUCGCUCCCGCAUGCCGCCAAAGCGAUAUUCAGAGCCAGCAUCGGGGCUACUGCCAAUGGCCCGGUUGAGCUGCGCUGAACGCCCAUCCCGCACUCUCUACCACAUGUGCCUGGUUUCUUUCCCUCCAAAGCAAGCUAUGCUGGCCGGGCCUUAUUGUCUGCAGGCUGUCUGGGCGGUGGACGAUCUCUUCGUGCUCGUCAUCCCACAUGAUGGACCACCAACCACCCCCGCGCACUCAAAAUUUCUUAUCGCUUUCCCAGCGAGCCACGAGGACAUCUCAAAGACAACCAUCGCCUGUCCGCCCCGGCCGAAGCUCGACAUCAUUCACCAAUCCUCGCUUGCCAGAGCCCGUUCCCCAGGCGCACACCGACGAUCGUCAAAGUAUGCUCCACAUCACGCUACGCUAUUCCGACGGAAAUAUAUUCGCCUCAAGGGCUACCAUUUCGGCCUCCCCCUUAAAGGGGCACGAUGCCACCCACGCAUCCACGGUUCCUCUCCUCCGACGCUCGGUGGCCUGACGUUCCACGAUCACCAUCUUGACGCCGACAAUCGGGGCACAACUUCACAAGUCGAAACGCUCUUCGGUGAGGUACCAAGCACGAGGCACGAAAACGUGGGGACGAAACCAAAGAACCUGGCAAGACGACAGUGCCUUGACCCCUUGGACCCCUCGCACAGUGAAAAGCAUCACGGGCGGACGACAAAUCCAGCGCUAGCCCUCCAGAGCGAGCGUAACCAAAAUCACCAAACACCACCAUCACCUCACGGGCCAGCAUCCAAUUUCAGGGCAGCCAUGGAUCAGGGCAACGAUACCACCAAGCCAGAGGACAAGUCGACGGGACAGGAGCAUCGUGGGUGGAGCUUGUGCUCGGCCGCGACUCGACGGCGGAAGACUGAGACUCGUAUGCAGCAAUGCAUAUUCGUCUCGUUAUGUCUCGUGGUUGACAACGCACCAUCACAUUACACUCGCACUGCACUCUUACUUUGGCUCGCAUUCAGUAGUGCAAUGAUUUCUGCGGAACGUGCAGCAUCUCAUUGCCUUCAUCCUGGCACGAAUGGCAACAGACUUUUGGGAGGGCAGAUUUCCCAUGUCGAUCAUCAACUAGUCGAGGAAUGUCGCAUGCGUAGCUUUCUGGGCACUGCACCAACCACAACAUCGUUAAGGCGGCAUUCGCUCGAGCCAAUUCCUCCUCAGAUCCAGCAUGAUCCUACAGAGUACUGUACGGGCACGUACCGGUACAGGCACAACGCUUUGCACGCGACUGACGAAUCCGCAUCGCUGUUUUCGACCCCGUCGCAGGCCCUAGACAAAGUGGUCCUAUCCUCGCAGGCGCCCAUGUCUUUGUCGCCUUUGCCCGGCUGUCGACGAUCUCCUUUUGAUUCGAAACAUAACAAAGCCAUUUCUGGAAAUAACCUAGACAGUGCGCGUCGGCCAUCCCUCCUCUCCGCUGCCAAUCACCCUAUGUUGAGCCCCUCCAUUGAGCCAACAUCAAGUCUACAUCCGGCCUCAAAUGAACCCGCGGGUGUCAAUGGGGCAUAUCCGUACUAUUAUGGACAGGAGAGAGAAUUUGGCAACUCUUACGGCGCUUCCACCUUUAUCGAUAAUCAGCUUGCAGGGUAUCCCACCCGGAAAAGGAGGAGGGACAAAAUCGAAAGGAGCAAGACAGUGCGGCAAUGCAACCACAUCCUGGACCGUCGUCAGGCGUAUUCAACCUGCUCGACAAGUCACGACAGAGAUGAUUGGAAAAUACUACCUGUGAUGGUGGUGAACCCCCACUUGGCCCCCCCCCAGGUCUUGAGCAUAAACGGCGAGGAACAAGAGGGAGCUAGGCGCAGAGAGGUAAAGCAAGUCGAUCGGCCUGUCGGCAUUUGGCUGCUACCAGCGGCGCGCCUUGCUGCCAGAUUGCCUCCCAUGUCACAGCCGGUGCACUUCAAGUGGACUGCUGACUCGGGAUGCCGUGGAGAGCAAUUUGCAGUCGAAUCACCUGAUUCGUGGUGCCGAACCGAAAUUCUUCAAAGAGUCAGUGACCAAGCGUGGGCUGCGGGACGAGGGGAGAGUUGGAGGGAGAAGAAGAAGAAGCGAUGUUACGGCACUUUUCCCACAGUCUCACUCAUUCUCUGCCGCUGCAGCAGCCAUACUUCACCAUUGGAUCUCGACUGCAGCGAGAGACUUGAUGGGACAAUGACCUCUCCAAUCAUGGAUAGCGAGGAGAUACGACUAGCACCCCGUCAACUGAUCUAG